AUUGGUCGUUCCAUAUUCUCCCACAUUCUCUCGGACAAUAUUCCGCAGCAUGAAUCUCUCAAUCUCUAAUUGGAAAUUCCUAGGCGUGGAGGCGUUGGCAAAUUGGGUUGGAUGCAUCUCAAGCCGGCGCACAUGAUUAAAUGCCUUCUGUCGUCAUCUUGAAGAAGGUAACGCGCGAGCUCCACAUCCAGACCACCCUCCCAUCUUCAUCUUCUCGAAAGAGAGAGAGGGAAAACAGGAGGAGGAGCGCCAAAUCCCACCUUAAACUUAAACGGCGCGUUCGAGGGGGCAAUCAUCGUCCUCAGAUCUGGCAAGGGAGGAACAUAUCGGGUCGCACUCAUGCUUGGUUGGGGCUCCAGUAAGAAAGAAAUAUCAAAUGCUUUGUCCAUUGUGGAACUUCUGGUGCACAUGGACUGCGAAGGGUGCGAGAAGAGGGUGCGAAGGGCAGUAUCGAAAAUAGAUGGAGUGGACAGUGUGGAGGUGGACAUGGACUCGCAGAAGGUGACGGUGACGGGGUACGUCGACCAGCGGAAGGUGCUGAAGGUGGUGAGGAGGACGGGGCGGAAGGCCGAGUUCUGGCCCUACCCGUACGACAGCGAGUACUACCCGUACGCCGCCCAGUACCUUGACGAGUCCACCUACUCCACCACCUACAACUACUACCGCCAUGGCUUCAACGAGAGCAUCCACGGCUACUUCCCCAACCAGGCAUACUCCACCGUCGAUGACAACACUGUCUUCAUGUUCAGCGACGACAACGUCCACGCGUGCGCCGUCAUGUGAAACGAUCAUUAAUAAGAUAUCAAGAUGUAAUGGAACUGGAUAAGAUAGAUAUAUACACUUGGGAUUGUAUAUGGAGAAUGACGGAUGACUCGUUAACCUUGGAAAAUACACACACAUUAUUAUUACUUGAAUAAGACAUGGGCACAUGUUCUAUAGAUAUUGAUAGUUGGUAUUUUGUUGCCUUGAUUCUUACAGGGAUUGCAAACAAUUAGUUGCAUAAAGCAACGAUACAUUC